AUGGCAAGUGACGUGUCAAGCGAGCGCGAGCGGAUGGUGCUCAAAGAGCUCGCCCGUGCCCGCGACCACAUCCCCGACGACGAGCUCGUCUCGUGUGUCCGUGAGCUCGUGCUCGUCAGACUAUGCAUCACUCCGUACAAAGAAGUGACGCUACAGAUCCAGUUCCCUCCCGGCUAUCCGGCCUCACCGGUGGUGGUCAUUCUCAAGUCCAAGGCGCUGCCACAGAGCUUGGUAGCCAAACUGAAGAACCUGUGCGAAGCCGAAGCUGCUGCCCAUGUUGCGAUGUGCCAGGUGGUCCCGGUCUACGACAAGCUCAAGGGCUUUAUGGUGCAGAAUCUACUGAUCGCAGCCUGGGAUGAGUUGGUAGCACUGCGCUCCGACGGCGGCGACGGCGAGGAGACACUGUCGAAGAAGAUCAAGCUGUACGAGGCCCAGGGCAAGGUCAAACUCGUUCUCGCUCAAGGCAAGUACAAGCUCACUGCUGAGCUCACCAUUGACAACCAGUAUCCGGCAAGCCCUGUCGAACUGGAGAUCACACGCUCAAACUUUACCCCGCAGUACGAGGCCAUGUUUGCCGCUCACGCCAAGGAGCUGGCGCGUCUGGCUGUUUCCGGGCCGCUGCAGCGGCUGUCAACGACCAAGACCAGAUCGUCGUAUGCUGGGUCGACUUUUGCCGAGCGCGGUGGCCGCCGAAUUCUGGGCAAGACCCGCAGGCUGUUGGCCGACCUCGAGGCUGCCGAAGCUGCCGCGUCGACGCCCGAGCCGAGCAAGACUGUCGAGCCGCGGCGCUCACUGCUGGAGGUGGCUCAGUACCUGAUGUCAUCGGUUGCCAACUACCCUACCCAGCCGUGCCAGUGCUGCGAGGAGCCCGUGUUCCCGGCCGAUCCGACAGAGCUCGGGAAGGUGACGUCCAAAGCGCUGCAGGUCGAGCGCGUGUACUGCGGUCACUUUUACCACUACGGCUGUCUCGACGUCUUUCUCAACUCGCCGCCAUUCAACAGCGAUGGCAAGCCAUGCCCGGCGUGCGGAAAGCGCAUCUUUCACCGCAAGUGGUCCAACGAUGCCAAGGAGCUCGAGUCAGGAUGGGCCCACAAGCAGGCUCGCCACCGCGAGAUCGGCGAGGUCAUCGACUUUCUGGGCGAGGAUGCUGUCGGCGAGACAUAUGAGGGCGCUCCACCACCGUGGCUCGCUGGUGCUCUCGCUCGCGCUGGUCUCGUGGUCCCAGGUGAUGUCGCGGCCGCGGCAACAGCUGCAGCUGCUCCGCCGCCGUCGUCUGCCGCCGGCAAGCGGAAGCGCAAGAAGAAGAAGAAGGCGACCGCGCGCAUGGCGCAGGACGACAUGUCGGCCUUUCUCUAA